AUCGCAGAUCCGGUGGCCUCCGAAAGAGCUACCGAUCUCUUAACCUCUUGGGCUCUCAAACCGCUCGCUAUUUCUCGGACACCGUCUCGUCGUCUCGAUAUCAGACGAUCACCUUCCGCCCGCGACGUGCUCGACGGAAUGGCGCCGCAGCGGGCGCCGUCGGGUGCUCUGUCUCCGUCGCCGUUGAUCAUCAGGAGCCACCAAGACUGCCCGCCGCCGCCCUGACAUGAGAACGCAACCGGUGCAAGUCCACAGUUCCACAUCUGGCCUGCCAUGCCGCCCCCUUGACGUCUACCUAGAUGCCAUCGGCUCCGGAUCCUCCGUGACUUCCGCAGAGAUUUGGCAGGCGCUCUACUGUGCCCGCGCGCUGUUUCUUGGCAAAUUGGCAUGGCAAGACAACAAGUCAAAGGAGCGAGACGGAACCCGGCGACAAGCGACAUGGGGACCCCGGCCGGACUCGCCGAUCCAGCACGAGCUCGAGCUGAACAUGGCAUGCCGAGACGUCCCGUCCCGUUCGUCCGCAUCUCCGCCGCGUGCCCAACUCUCAAUCGAUUGCUCCGUUGACGCUGCCGCCGUGCACGCCCGCUGGCACUGGACGGGCACACACACACAGGUUGGUAGAGCUCCUCCCCAUUUUUUCCCCUCUUCUGCAUGCGCCCGCACAAGUACCGCAUCACAUUGUCAAUUCAUCAUCAAGUGCUGUUCCUGCAAGAUGCUAACCCGCUAGCGUACUGUACCUAGUACAUAUAUUCCUGGGUCAAUGACCGCAACGCUUCACCGGCAUGGUGGAUUACUCUGAAAGGAGAUCCGCCUGCUUUUCAACCAUCUCCCGAGUGGAAAGCUGGUCUCAGACUCAACAGCUGAUUGGAGUGGACAUCUCGUUUGCUGAGGUGUAUGUUACUGCUGCUGCAUGGGAAAAAAAGGUUUGGCUGGUGCACCCGUGCACAUGGUUAACCCCCUGUUGCUUGCUACCGCAGCCAGGUUAGUGGGUGCUCACUCAAAUCUGCUGAUCACUAUUUGUGGCUUGUUAUGCAUUUCUCCGAACGUUGAAAAGACUGAAUAAGGGGAAGUUGGUGGGCUGCGUGUCCAGAGGAAUUAUGAAGAGAUUUGAAUCAUAGUAUCGACUGAAAAGGUUUAAGGUUGUAAUAAAAGAAUAUCAGCACACCUUUUGCAUCUCUAAGUUAUAAUAAUUUAGAAGGCUUUGCAUAGCAUGUUGUGAUGUUAGUUACUUUUAGUUUUUUUUUGUCUAGUAUCAGAAAUUCUCCACAUUUUCCUUAGUUUUCUAUUAUACAGAAAAGAUCUUUUAGGUAGUUCUUUGUCCUCUAUGUUUUUAAACAAAACAGAAUGUGCCGUACCCUUGAUUUUUUUUUACAAGGGAAAGACAUUAUCCUACCCUCCUUUUUUUAUAGGGAAAGACAAUAUCCUUUAUCGAAAUUCACUUGAGCAGCAAACAGAAGGUGAUGAAGGUUUAAUUCGAUGUAAGAAGCGUACAAGCAAGCAAGAGCGCAGUGUGAAGGAGGCACAAGUCAAACCCAGAUCAAUCAGGAACCAGUACUAAAUUGUUCGGAUGUCAAAGAAAGUCAACAUUGGACCAAUGAUGCAACCAUCCCAGCAGCCGCAAGUCACUGUCCUCAUGUCGCCGAACCGACGGGCACACCACUAGGCGGUCUGAACUCUGAAGGCUGAACCUGAAAGGAGGGCGUGGUUGCGCAUGAUGAGAACUGGGAAGGCUAACCAGAUAGCCGUCUGUCCCUAUCUGCAUGGACUCUCUCUAUCCAUGGAAUCACUUUGUGUGUGCAGCAGCAGCUGCUGCAUUUGAACUUCAGGAAGCAAAGCCAAGUGCGAGCUGGUGAGCCCCAUCUCCCGUCCCGUGCAUGCUGCUGCUUGGGCAACAACUCUGUGCAUAUGAAGGGUAGCACCACAGCCAUGGCAACAACACAAAUCUUCUCAGCUGCCGAGUAGCAUCCUGUGAGCACAUCUUCUCCUAGCUCACACAGAUACAUGAAAGUAUGAAACCAUCUUAGCAAUGGCUAUCAAGAAGGGCAGCUCUCCUCUGCGUGUUCUUGCUGAUCUAUCCUUGUUCUUCUGCAUUCUGCUUACACCUAUAUGCUCAGCUACACCAGCCACAGCUCCUGCUACUCUCCUGCAAGUGAAAUCCAGCCUCACUGAUCCUGAAGGCGUCCUUUCUGGCUGGUCGCCGGAAGCCGAUGUGUGCUCAUGGCACGGCAUUACAUGCCGGCCAGGGGAGGUGGGCAUUGUCACAGGCCUCAACCUAUCCGGGUACGGCUUGUCAGGUGUGAUACCUCCGGCGAUCGGUGGACUCAUCUCCGUCGAGUCCAUCGACUUGUCUUCCAACUCCCUCACCGGGCCGAUCCCGCCGGAGCUGGGCAUGCUGGAGAGCCUGAGGACGCUGCUCCUCUUCUCCAACUCCCUCACCGGCGCCGUCCCGCCGGAGCUCGGCCUCCUCAAGAACCUGGAGGUGAUCAGGAUCGGCGACAACAGGCUGCACGGCGAGAUCCCGCCGCAGCUCGGCAACUGCACCGAGCUGGAGACGCUCGGCCUGGCCUACUGCCAGCUCAAUGGCACCAUUCCCGCCGAGCUCGGCAACUUGAGGCGCCUGCAGCACCUGGCCCUGGACAACAACACCCUCACCGGCGGUAUCCCGGAGCAGCUCGCCGGUUGCGCGAGCUUGCGCGUUCUGUCACUGGCCGACAACAUGCUGCAAGGCACCAUUCCUUCGUUCAUUGGAAGCUUCAGCGAUCUCCAGUCUCUGAAUUUGGCAAACAAUCAGUUCUCCGGUGGGAUUCCGGCGGAGAUCGGCAACCUCUCCAGCUUGACAUACCUCAACCUGCUCGGCAACGGCCUGACCGGCGCCAUCCCGGAAGAACUGAACCGGCUGAGCCAGCUUCAGGUUCUGGACUUGUCCAUGAACAACAUUUCUGGAAAGCUCAGUAUCUUCGCAGCACAGCUGAAGAACCUGAAGUACCUUGUGCUGUCUGGCAAUAUCCUUGAUGGCGCCAUCCCUCAAGACCUAUGCGCCAGCGACUCGUCUAGCCUGGAGAACCUGUUCCUCGCCGGCAACAACCUUGGAGGCGGCAUCGAGGCCCUGCUCAACUGUGGAUCUCUGCAGGCCAUCGACGUGUCGAACAACAGCCUCACCGGAGCAAUACCGCCGAGCAUCGACCGGCUGUCGGGGCUCAUCAACCUUGCUCUGCACAACAACAGCCUCACCGGCGUCCUGCCCCCGCAGAUAGGGAACCUGAGCAACCUGGAGACCCUGUCUCUGUUUCACAAUGGCCUCACCGGCGAGAUACCGCCGGAGAUUGGCAGGCUUCAGAAGCUCAAGCUCUUGUUCCUCUACGAGAACCAGAUGUCCGGAGCCAUCCCUGAUGAGCUCACCGACUGCACGAGCUUGGAAGAGGUGGACUUCUUCGGCAACCACUUCCAUGGCCCCAUCCCUGAAAGGAUUGGAAACCUGAAGAAUCUGGCCGUGCUCCAGCUCCGGCAGAACGACCUGUCAGGCUCCAUCCCGGCGAGCCUCGGCGAGUGCAGGAGCCUCCAGGCGCUGGCAUUGGCGGACAACCGGCUCUCCGGCGCGUUGCCGGAGACACUCGGGCAGCUGGCCGCGCUCAGCGUGGUCACCCUGUACAACAACUCCCUCGAGGGCCCCCUGCCGGAGUCGCUGUUCCAGCUCAAGAACCUGACGGUGAUCAACUUCUCGCACAACCGGUUCUCCGGCAGCCUCGUCCCCGUCCUCGGCUCCAGCUCCCUCGCCGUGCUGGCGCUCACCAACAACAGCUUCUCCGGGGUGAUUCCGGCGGCGGUCGCGCGGUCGAGGAGCAUGGUCCGGCUCCAGCUCGGCGGCAACCGGCUCACCGGGGCAAUCCCGGCCGAGCUGGGCAACCUGACGCGGCUCAGCAUGCUUGACCUUUCGCUCAACAACCUCUCCGGCGACAUCCCGGUGGAGCUCUCCAGCUGCGCGCAGCUCACGCAUCUGAAGCUCGACGGGAACAGUCUGACCGGCAGCGUCCCUUCCUGGCUCGGGGGCCUGCGGGCCCUCGGCGAGCUGGACCUCUCGUCGAACGCGUUGACCGGUGGCAUCCCGGCGGACCUUGGCAACUGCUCGGGCCUCCUCAAGCUGUCGCUCGGCGACAACCGCCUCUCCGGCAGCAUCCCGCCGGAGAUCGGCCGGCUGACAUCUCUCAAUGUUCUGAACCUGAACAAGAACAGCCUCGCCGGCGCCAUACCGCCGGCGCUCCGGCGAUGCAACAAGCUGUACGAGCUGAGGCUGUCGGAAAACGCGCUGGAGGGGCCGAUCCCGCCGGAGUUCGGGCAGCUGUCGGAGCUGCAGGUGAUACUGGACCUGAGCCGGAACAGGCUGUCCGGCGAGAUCCCGGCGUCCCUGGGCGACCUCGUGAAGCUGGAGCGGCUGAACCUGUCGUCCAACCGGCUGGGCGCCGAGAUACCGCCGUCGCUGCCGCGGCUGACGAGCCUGCACCUCCUGAACCUGUCGGACAACCUCCUCUCCGGCGCGGUGCCCGCGGGGCUGUCGGGCUUCCCGGCCGCGUCGUUCGCCGGCAACGACGAGCUCUGCGGCGCGCCGCUGCCGCGGUGCGCGGCGUCGUCGGCGCCCAGGCCGCUGCCGGGCGCGGAGGUGGCCGCGAUCGUGGCGGGCAUCGCCGCGGUGUCGGCGGCGGUGUGCGUGGCGCUGCUCUACACCAUGCUGCGCGUGUGGAGCAACUGGCGGGCGGUGUCCGUGUCGAGCUCCGACGGCGAGGAGUCGGCGCACGGCGGCGGGCGCGACAAGUGGGGCGCGGCCGCCGCCGGGGACGGCAAGUACUGGAAGGUGGGGUCGCCGGUGUCGUCGUCGGCCGAGGAGAAGCACAGCUCGGGGUCCGAGACCAGCGUGCUCCGUGGCAAGUCGACGGAGGCCGCCGGCGCCGCCAAGAGCUAGCUACGAGCCGGUUGCUUGCCUGUAUCUAUGAUGCGUUGUCUGCUGAAAAAUGUUUAUGUGCCAAUGCUUUUAUGUCUGUUUCGCCAUCCCAUCAUCUCGUGUUAUUGUUUUCUCCAUUGAUCU